UCCAACUCCGCGUUAGUUUCACUUCUAGCAGAGUGAGAAAGAAAACAAUCCGUCCUGUGGAUUUAACCACUUCUAGCUGUCAGGGUUUAAUACUCGUUCAGUUUUUCUGAGCUCCAGUCUUGCGCUGAACUCCCGGUCGGCUGAAGACGGGUUCAUGAAGUCUCCACCGGCGGGCUCAGGAUGGAGGUGCAGGACGCCACCUGGCUGGAGGAGAAACUCAAGUGUCCCGUGUGCCACGACGUCCUGGCGGAUCCCCGCCAACUGCCCUGCGGACACAGCAUGUGCAUGAGCUGCGUGGAGAAGCUGCUGGAUCACGCCUCUUCCUCCUCCGAGGCCCCGCUGCGCUGCCCGGACUGCCGGGCGGACUGGGGGCCGGUGGUCGCUCUGCAGAGGAGCUACACGCUCAGCAGCAUCGCGGAGGACUUCCGGCAGAACAAGAGGAUCACGGAGAACCAGAGGAGGAGUGUGUUCUGUGACCUCUGCCCGGAUGGGAGAACCUCGGCCAGCAGGACGUGUCUGAAGUGUGAGCUGUCUCUGUGCACGGAGCACGUCAGGGACCACCAGCAGCUGCCGGCGCUGGCAGGCCACCCACUGGUCAGUCCUCUGGGUGACCUUACGGACAGGAGGUGCCGGCAGCACGGGGACGAGGUGCUGAGAUACUACUGCAGCUCCUCCAGGCGCUACAUCUGUAACAUCUGCGCCCUGGAGGUCAAACAGCUCAACGUGGCCGCCGAGGCCUCCGCUGUCCUGCGGCGACAGCUCACCGAGUAUAUGGACCAGCACUUCGAAACGCUGCAGGGGCAAAUUACAGAUUUCACUGAGUCCGUAAGGAAGCUGCAAGAUGAGGUUCAGCAUGAAAAGCUGAGGAUGAACCCAGGACACCCGCACCUCAACGGCGUCACGGUGGUCCUGCUCUUUCUUUGGUUCAUAGUUUUAUACUACGCUUACAAUUUCUCCGUGGAAAACCAGAUGUUAACAGAAGCACUGAAGAAACAGCAGAACCACAGAUCUCACAUGUACUCUCCCUCUGAAGAACAUCUUUUGAAUCAACUGCACAAGCCGCCAGAAAAGGAGCAUCAAGGAACGCCGACGUCGGACUUGGAUACGACCGGCUGUUCUCUCGGGGCCUCCGCUGAUCUCCAGACGCAGAACGUGAAACCAGGGCUGGAAAACCCCCCGAGGAAGCUCUGCACCGACGACGCCCCGCCGCUCUCCUGCUCCCAGUGCUUCUCCUCCGGCACACACGUCUGGGAGGUGGAGGCCGAGGGCCGCUGGGACAUUUUCGUCUUCUACAAGAGCCAGGACAGCGGCGCGGAGUCCUGGAGCCUGGGACACGACGGCGAGGGCAGCCUGUUUGCCCGCCACAAUAAAACCACGACCCCCCUGGCUGCGAUGCUGGCGAGCAGCCGCAUAGCGGUGGCGGUUGAUUUCCAGGAAGGCCGCAUCGCAUUCAGCGCCGUGGGUUUCACCGCGACGCAGCUGCACGAGUUCAAGGCCGAGCUGACGCAGCCCGUGUGCCUGAAGGUGGAGGUCAGUCCUGGAGACGCUCGCAGCAGAGCCUCGGUUGUCAAAGCUGCUUGAUGGAUCGCAGCAGGUUCGGCGAAUACCGGAUCAGAGCCGUUGGGAUGUGCGGUGUGUUGAGCUGAAGGAGAACAUGAAAUAAAGCACUGGAGCCAAAA